UGUUCAAGUAAAAGUUCUCUUGUUGUUGACAAAUGACAUGACUCGUUCGUAGUUCGAAAAAAUAAUGAUUGUCAUUUUGAUGGCACUUGGUCAAAUUAAAAAGCAGCUAUCGCUAGGCACAAAUGUGUUUCUUGUGUUUCUGAUUAUAUAUUUUAGUGUGACAAACGUCGAUGCAGUAGUCAGACGAAAUGCUGGCAAAUUUCCCAUCAAUUCUGGUCCAAAAUGGACUAAAAUCCCUACCAACACACGCACCAAUUCAAGUACCAUCGAUCUUUCGAAAUACGUACCCCGUGAUGAAUGUAAUCUCCCCGAUGACCUAACCAAAGAAAUUGCUCUUUAUAAACCCAUUGUUGAAGGCAUUAUCAAUGCAUCAGUUAAUGGAGUUUUCAAAAGAAGAACCUGGAGAACAUUGGCGAGAUUUGUAGAUAAAUUUGGAUCCAGGAUAGCAGGGUCUGAUAAUUUGGAGCAAUCUAUUGACUACAUGGUUGAUCUGUUGAAGAAAAAUCAAUUAGAAAAUGUGCACACAGAACAAGCACUUGUUCCGAAAUGGGUUCGAGGAAGAGAAUCCUGCUGGUUAAUAUCUCCACGAUUGGAGAAGUUAAAUAUACUUGGUUUAGGAUCAAGCAUAGGAACUCCAUCUAAAGGUAUUACUGCCCAUGCUGUUGUAGUUGAGAGUUUUGAGGAACUUCAGAAGAUGGGCAAAGAGGCUGUUGAAGGGAAAAUUGUGGUUUAUAACGAACCCUACAUUUCAUACGAAAAAACGGUAAAGUAUCGAGGUUAUGGAGCCAUUGAAGCCGCCAAACUUGGAGCAGUUGCUACCCUGAUUCGGUCUGUUACUCCUUUCUCCAUAGAUUCCCCGCACACUGGAUGGCAACACUACCAGGAGAACGUAACCCAGAUACCAACAGCAGCCAUCAGCAUCGAAGUGGCUGAAAUGUUGCAUAGGAUGUUCCAAGCCGGCGAUGAUAUUUUGAUAUAUCUAUUCAUGGAGGCACGCAACUUACCUCCUGUAAUGUCACGUAACACAAUAGCAGAAAUCAUCGGCCAUCAACAUCCAGACAAAGUGGUAUUAGUUUCGGGACAUUUGGAUAGUUGGGAUGUCGGUCAAGGAGCGAUGGACGAUGGAGGAGGCGCCUUCAUCUCAUGGAACGCUCUGGCUUUACUUAAAAUUCUUGGUUUACGCCCUCGACGCACUUUACGUUCAGUCUUAUGGACCGCUGAGGAGGAAGGCCUAGUUGGAGCAGCAGCUUAUUUCCACGAUCACCGCAACGACAUAGCUGCCUUUGAUUUCGUAAUGGAGUCAGACGAAGGAACUUUUCAACCAUUGGGCCUCUCAUUCUCCGGUAACCACGACGCCGGUUGCAUCCUGAAAGAAAUCCUGAAACUGAUGCGUCCCUUGAAUGCCACCCAAUUCGCCACACCUAUGGAUGGAGGUCCUGACAUUGAGUAUUUUACUAAUGUCGGCAUUCCCGGAGCUGCUUUGCUCAACGCCAACGAACGCUAUUUUUGGUACCAUCACAGCCAAGGUGACCGUAUGACAGUAGAAGAUCCCAUCAAUCUCGACAUGUGCACCGCUCUCUGGGCAGCUUCCGCCUUCGUCGUAGCAGACCUUUCCGUUGACAUGCCACGUUAAAUUUUGCAAUACUCAAGUUUCCAAUUUUCAUUAUUAUUGUUCCGUAAUAUCGAAUUUCAAUGCGAAUAUUUGUCAGACAUAAAAUACCUUGAACGAAA